GUCCUAAUGAAUGUUGUUCAGUUGCUUUGUCGCACUGUAUUUUGUUUAAAGCGCUAUAUAAAUAAAGGUGACUUGACUUGACUAAAAGAAUGCGUUACGAACAGCUUUGGUUCCCAAAAGCGUGAUUACACACACGAUUACUGCCAAGGCAACCGAAGUCCAGUGGAAGAAGAGUGGAUCCUCAUAUCGCCGUGAAUUCUGCUCCUCUUUAAAAGCACAGCCGUAGUGUGCUAUUUUGUGCCCAUGGUGCGAUCAAACGACAGCAUCUCUGUGUAAACGCUGUAGCUUCGCCGGUCCUUCUCUUGUAACACAUCAAUUACAUGCGUGUCAGACCACACACGGUGCAACCAACCCCCAGCACUCCAUGCUUGUUCACCUGACUGCUGAUUGGCGGAGUCCGUUUUUCUUUUCCCGAGUCGCAGAGCCAUUGGAUGCUGGCGCUGUCAAUCAGCUCGGCCCCGCCCCCAGCGUUUGUUUGGUAGAGUUGACCGUGUGCUCGUUCUCUGUGUCGCGGCUGUGGGCUGGAGCCGCUGUCCUCGGACUGGCACGUCACUUCGUGUUUAUUUCUCAUCCUUUGAUUCGAUCCCCCACUAAAUUGUACAAGCAGGCCACCCGACCGAGGAUCUGCCGUCUGCUCAUUCAAUCUCACAGUCUCCAGUCCCCGUCCAGAGCAGUGAUAAAGAUGGCGGUGAGCGGGAUGUCAGGGUCGGUCGUCGCGCGGCUCGAGGGCCGAGAGUUCGAGUAUCUGAUGAAGAAGCGCUCGGUCACCGUCGGACGGAAUUCCUCACAAGGCUCCGUGGACGUGAGCAUGGGCCAUUCAAGCUUCAUUUCACGGAGACACCUGGAGAUUUUCUCCGCCGGCGAGGACGGAACGGGAAGCGGAGAUUUCUACCUUCGAUGCCUCGGCAAAAACGGGGUGUUCGUGGACGGCGUGUUUCAGAGACGCGGGGCUCCUCCUCUGCAGCUGCCGCGCGCGUGCACUUUACGCUUUCCCAGCACCACUAUCAAAAUCACGUUCACAGCCUUGUAUAGUGAGAGGAGCGAGCGCAGGAGCGCGCCGGAGACUCCGGUGAAAGCCCAGAUCUCUCCGCUGACCAUCAGCAUCCCAGACAACAUCUCGCACCUGAUGAGCCCGCUGCCGUCCCCCACAGGUACCAUCAGCGCUGCUAACUCCUGUCCGUCGAGUCCCCGAGGAGCAGGACUGUCCAGCUAUAGGAUCGGCCGUGGACUCCCAGGUGAUCUCAAUGAAAACUCCCAAUCUGAAAAUGACAAGGAAGCGUCUGGAGGAGACAGUCCAAAAGAUGACUCCAAGCCUCCGUACUCGUAUGCUCAGCUUAUUGUUCAGGCCAUCACAAUGGCACCCGACAAGCAGCUAACACUGAAUGGAAUAUAUACCCACAUCACGAAGAACUAUCCGUAUUACAGGAGCGCAGACAAGGGCUGGCAAAACUCGAUUCGUCACAAUCUGUCCUUAAACCGCUAUUUUCUCAAAGUGGCUCGAUCUCAAGAGGAGCCGGGCAAAGGCUCUUUCUGGAGGAUAGACCCCUCGUCUGAAGCGAAGCUCAUGGAACAAGCGUUUCGUAAGCGCAGGCCUCGCGGCGUGCCGUGCUUCAGGACCCCCCUCGGACCGCUCUCAUCCAGGAGCGCUCCAGCCUCUCCGAACCACACCGGAGCGCUGUCGGCUCACUCCAGCGGCGUUCAGACUCCAGACAGUUUAUCAAGAGAAGGAUCACCUGUUCCUGUGGAUCCGGAGCCUGCUCCUGCCGUUCAGCCCAAACUGACCGUCAUUCAGAAGACCGCUGGUUCACCUCUCAACACCCAACCGGUUCUCAUCACAGUUCAGCGGCAGCUCGCACAGACCAUCAAACCUGUGACCUACGCCGUGACCUCUCCGCUGUCCACUCACACGUCCCAGCAGCCCGUGCUUCAGACGCUGCAUGUGAUCCCUGCAGUGACCGCUCUGACCGCAGCCGCACACGGGACAGAGCCAGCGCUCGCUCCGUCCAGCUUCACUAGAGCAGAGCCACAGGGGAACGGAGAGCACCAGGAGCUCCGAGUGAAAGUGGAGCCGGUUCCUGCGGUCAGCACCAGCUCUCCAGUUCUUCAGACGUCUCCUGUGGGUCAGCACCAGCUGCCCGUGAAGCCCAUCGCUCAGAACGGGACGCAUGGGGUCACAGCGAGUCCUCUGCACAUCCUGGCCUCGGCGUGUCUCCCGACCAAACGACAGAACGGAGACCCAGCGGAGCACAACACCAAAAGAGCCAAGACUGAAGAUGUCCCCAUCACAGCGGAGAGAGACCAGCAGAACACCACUGACUAGGGUCACGACCUUUGACCUCAACCCAUUUAUUGUUCCUCCCCGUCACCUGUUCACGAGACCUAGGUCCAAAACAGUGAUUGGAACCAGGGCAAUGGUGAGAGAAACACGAGGUGGAGGAAGAAAGAGAGAGAAGGACUGUUACAUGAAUAUAAUCUACUGGAGUCAUGAGUGAGAGUAACACAGUGGAGGAGGAGGUCACCGUGAGCUCAGAGACAGACGACUGGCCAGUGACCAGCAGUGUGAAUGU